AUCCCCAUCCCAUCCCAUCCCAUCCCAUCCCAUCCUAUCCUGUCCACCGCCCUCACGAGACCUGCCAGCGAAACCUAUCCUGAAACACCAAACCCUCUUUUCUCGCCACGACACCCGACUGACCGCUGUCCAUCGCGCCUGCCACGCCGCCGCCUGAUGGACCCUUUUUUCGCCUGUCGAAUAGUAGUACAACGCCUCCAACACAUGUCCAUCCUCACCUACACGCAACAUAGUUUGCCCAGCCCGUGCCCGCCCCUCUUUGGCUUUGCUUGUCUGUGUCUGUGUCUGUCCGCCGUGCCCACUGACGUCGCCAUGGCACCACCAGCUAUCUUCUUCGUACGUACUGCAGUGCGUAAAUACGCACGCAUUGUAAUGUAUCCAGGUACCACAGCACUUGGAGUAGGCUCCCACGCACAAACAUGCACCGCGUGCCUGCCACAUUGGUCGCCUUUCCCCUGCACUCGCCGCUGGCGACUGCCCCUUCCAGCUCUUGCAUUGACAAACCACUCAUCUCACCUCCACAUCCACCACCCAUCCCAACCCUUAGCAUCCCCUUCGGCCGCCUACAUCGCCCUCCCUUACUCUCGCUUCCGCCCGUCCACACUGCAUCACGUCGCAAACAACCUGCCGGGUCCGGCCUGA